AUGGAUGGUUGGGCAAAGGAUGCUCUCGAUCGUCUUUUAUCAAUGGUAACAUUUUUCGAAAGUGAAGAUGAUCGUUUAACAAUCAAUAUAUCGGGUACACAUUAUGAAAUAAAUGUAUCUGAUCUAAUUAAUUUUCCUGAUACAGUCCUUGGUGAUCCAUUAAAACGGGCACGGUAUCUUGUACCAGGUACAAGUGAUUAUUUUUUUCCACAUCAUCCAAGUUCAUUUGAAUCUAUUUUAUAUUAUUAUAUAAAUGAUGGUGUUUUAAUUAAAGCUGAAACAAUACCAGCAAUAAUAUUUUAUGAAGAAAUUCAAUUUUUUCAAUUAAGUGAAAAAUUAAUUCAAACAUUUUAUAAUGAUUAUUUAUCAAUAAAUGAAGAUAAACACAGUGAAUCAACUUCUUACUUAAAAAAAAUAUUUUAUCAUCCACCUACUAAUUAUUUUAAUUCUUUAUUUAACAUUUUAUCAGCUGUAUUUAAUGCUUUAGCAAUUUACUCUUUAUGUUUAGAAACGAUGAGUAUUUAUCGAAAUUUUCAUAAUACAAUGUGGAUGAUAACACAUCCAUUAAAACCUCGUAAUCGUACAGAAGGUUUUAAUUGUUCAGAUAUUAGUUUACGUCCUUAUCAAUUUAUACCUUAUUUUAAUUCAGAAAAUACAACAUUAGAAACUGUUUGUAUUAUAUGGUUUUAUUUUGAAUUAUUUUUACGUACUUUAUCUGUACCUUCAUUUACACAUCUUAUAAGUGAUCCAAAUUUUGCAUUAGAUAUCUUAUCUAUAUUACCAACAAUAUUAAGUCAAAUAUUUUAUCGACUUUAUAUAUUAGAAAAUCAAGAAGAAAAUCUAUUAACAUUAAAAGAAACUCAAGUAUUUGAUUAUUUAACAUGUUUUAAAUUAUUUCGUCUAUUUCGUUUAACUCGUCAUGCAAAAUGUUUAGAAAUAUUUAUUAGAGUUUUAUAUAUUAAUUUAAAAGAUAUUCUUAUGUUAACAAUAUUAAUUAUAUUUGGAAUAUUUUAUUUUGGUUUAACACAAUUCGUUCUUGAACAACUACAUCAAGAUAAUGAAAUAAAAAAUAUUGGUGAAGCAUUAUGGCAUGCAUUUACAGUCAUAGCAACUAUUGGUUACUCUGAUAUUGCAGAAUAUCAAUUUUUAUCUUAUACAUUUGCUAUUGUUGGUGUUUGGUAUGGUUCUAUUUCAAUGGCUAUUAUUUUACCAAGUUUGACUCAAUCAUUUAAUAUUUUUCAUAAUUUUCAACAUCGUCGAUAUAUAUUUAAAUAUAAAACAAAUUAA